UCCUCCUUCUCUCGCUCCGGGUGUGCGCGAGGCGGCGGCGGCGGCGGCGGCGCGUGGCCUCGUCGGCGUCUCCGUCCAGCGCGGCCUCCCCUCCUCCUCCUUUCCUCCUUUCCUCCUCUUUCUUCUCCCCUCUCCCCCCCCUCUUCCCUCCUCUCCUCGCCCAGGCCGGGGCCAUGACCGACUUCAAGCUGGGCAUCGUCAGGCUCGGCCGUGUGGCGGGCAAGACAAAAUACACCCUGAUAGAUGAGCAAGACAUUCCUCUCGUAGAGAGCUACUCUUUUGAGGCUCGGAUGGAAGUCGACGCUGAUGGAAACGGUGCUAAAAUCUUUGCUUUUGCAUUCGAUAAGAACCGAGGGAGGGGAUUCGGGCGCCUGCUGCAUGAGUUGCUGUGGGAGAGGCACCGGGGAGGCAUUGCCCCAGGGUUUCAGGUGGUGCAUUUGAAUGCUGUGACGGUGGACAACCGCCUGGACAACUUGCGAUUGGUGCCGUGGGGCUGGAGACCCAAAGCUGAAGAAAUCUCUAGCAAGCAAAGGGAACAAAGCUUAUACUGGCUGGCGAUACAACAGCUUCCCACCGAUCCCAUCGAGGAGCAGUUCCCCGUGCUGAAUGUCACGCGCUACUACAACGCUAAUGGAGACGUGGUGGAAGAGGAGGAAAGUUCGUGCACGUACUAUGAAUGUCACUACCCCCCCUGCACAAUGAUUGAAAAACAGUUACGCGAGUUCAACAUCUGUGGCCGAUGCCAGGUUGCGCGGUACUGCGGUUCGCAGUGCCAGCAGAAAGACUGGCCCGCUCACAAGAAACACUGUCGGGAGAAGAAACGACCCAUCCAGCAAGAACUGGGACCAGAGCGGUGACCGGCUGGCCGAAACCUCCGCCGUAGAAGGGCUCCUUCCCUCCCCGGAGGGCGAGGGCGGGAAGGCGCCCGCUUUGCACAGACUGCUCACUUGAAGCCAGAGGCACUGACAAAACAAGGAGAAAAAGAAAGAAAAAAAAAGAAAGAAGAGACGAGACACACACAUACAAAAAAAAAAAGAGACCACCUGAUGCUUGAGCAGAGGGAAUCAGCCUUUUUCCCUCUUUUAAGUGUUAAAAAAAAAUCUCAAGCAGGGGAAAAAAAACAACAAGAGAGAGACUACUGUGGGAACUCUGCUAAAUUGCAGAGCUUCUUGUUAUUUAUAUGUUAAUAUGUUUGUAAAGAUUGUGUACAGGUUUCUUGUUUCGUUUCCAGGGGUGGGGGGUGGGGAGGGGAUGUUUUGUUUUUGUUUUUUCCUGGGGAGGAGGGAGUUAGCAGUGCUCUUUAUCUAGGAAUCAUUUACUGUAAACGUUUUCGGGUGAGAACGCAUUGUUGGUUGAACAAAAUAACUGUCUCGUAGCGAAAGCCUUUUUUUCUGCUCCCUGGGAGAUUUCUUAAAAAAAACAAACAAAAAAAACCGGGGAAUCUAGAACAGACAUCAGCAGUUAUAAAUCUGAACAACUCUGCAUGGAAGUUGUGUUUUCAAGUAAAGGAUUGGAAUGGA